GCUGAAACCGAAAGUGUAGUGUUUGGAGCACCGCGCGGAGAUUCGCUCACCUUCACCUGCGCGAGCCCCAGCCGAUUCAGUGGGGAACCCCGACGAGCAGUAAGACAUGAACGGAAGAGUGGAUUAUUUGGUCACCGAGGAGGAAAUCAAUCUUACUAGAGGACCCUCGGGGCUGGGCUUCAACAUCGUCGGUGGGACAGAUCAGCAGUAUGUCUCCAACGACAGUGGCAUCUACGUCAGCCGCAUCAAAGAGAAUGGGGCUGCGGCCCUGGAUGGGCGGCUCCAGGAGGGUGAUAAGAUCCUCUCGGUAAAUGGCCAAGACCUAAAGAACUUGCUGCACCAGGAUGCUGUAGACCUCUUUCGUAACGCAGGCUAUGCUGUGUCCCUAAGAGUACAGCACAGGUUACAGGUGCAGAAUGGGCCUAUAGGACAUCGAAGUGAAGGGGAGCCGAGUGGUAUCCCCAUAGCUCUGGUGCUGGUCCCAGUGUUUGCCCUCGCCAUGGUAGCAGCAUGGGCCUUCAUGAGAUACCGGCAACGACUUUGAAAAGCUUGCUGUCUUCCAGUGCUCCCAAUAGAAGAUACAUUUCUCUCUCCCUCUCACCCUCCUCCCCUGCCAUUCUCCCAUAUCCUUCCCUCUCUGCGUAGCCAACACAUCAUUUUAAGAGACUGCUACCUAGCCAGGACCUCGCCACCCAAAUCUCCAAGUCCUUAUAUUCUAAGGGGAGAGUGAAGGCAUUGUUUGAAGACAAGACUUGGCUUGGAACAAAUGGGGAGUUAAUCUGUUUUGCUAGGACCACCAAUAGAAGUUCAGCUACAACCCAAAGAGGGAAAGGUCCAGUCUUCCCAUCAGCACGGGUGAUGCCUGUUCCUUAGCUGGCAUGCCUCAAAGGCCAGCUGUGUGCUGCAAGAGAAGAGAGGAUUUUUCUCCUUAAUGAUCUUCCUUGGGAAGUUUUUGUGGCCUUUAUUUAAUUUCUAACUACAUACUUGGGUGCCUAUAUCAAACACAGGAUGGUGAGGAGAGCAUUUUUGCUUUUUCAAAAAAGCAAAUGCACACACACACACGCACACACACACAUACACAUCCAUAUAUGACAGUACAAUAGUGAUGCCUCGUGGAGAAUUAAAGAAGUGGAAAGCGGCUCUGUGGUUUCAGGUUUCUGUUAUAAGGGAUGUUCUAAAUGGAAGAAUGCGAUGCAUAGCAGAAGUUGAGGGAGUGAGCCUUACAAAGAUGCCCAAAAAGAAAAAGAAAAGACCAAACCAACUAAUCAGAAAUCUUAGAACAAUAUUUCUUCUUACAAUAGCUGUGGUGGAGUGGAGGUAAAAUGCCAUAAUCCAGCUUCAUGUAAGUCAGUCUGUUCCCCAACCUUUGAAAUGCAAAGAUAAAUCUGACUGGUCUCUGGGCUGCCCUAGGGACCUUUUUGGUACCUCACAGUCCUGUUAAAGGAUCAGCUGGCAUGAUUGUGGUCAGAGCUAUAGUGAUGGGGCCAAACCAAACCAGUGAGAAAACUCUAAAAGGCAAAAGGACGGUGCCUCCCAGGUGGCACCUGAACCCUCUCAGGCCAUCUAACAGACUUUUGGUCUCUAGAAAUAGGCAAAUUCUGAGUGAUGGAGCCGCUCUCUGUCAGGACAGGCAUGAAGCAGCUCUGCUUACAACUCAGUUGAGAGGGUUCGGAUCACAGGUAGUUUUGAGAGGAUCUGAACACCGGCUGUGGCUUUUAAUGAACAAACCAUUUUGCAGGGAAGGGGAAGAAAAGAGAUUUAUCUUAGUGGACAGGGAAGUUUGGUGGAUGUUUCAUGGGGAGACCUUGAGAGAAGGAGAUGGAUGAAUGGAUGCUCAGGAAUACCAAAGACAUUAAUGAGAUAGGAACCAGUCCAUUCAUGUGCUACUGAAUGUUGGUUUUAAGGCCCUAACUAAGGAGAGCUGAACCAAGACAGAUUCUCUAGCUUAAAAAGAAAUCAUUUCCGCCCUCCAGAUAUACUGGCUAUCAGCUACAGGCCUUACAUGAUCCCGACAGCAAUAGUGUGAACACCUGCCCUGAGGCAACCAGCCGUGUCGACUUUUAGCGUGGAUAAUCUAGUCAAUAUUUUACACUUGUUGGUUGGAUACCAGCUUUGUUAAGACACUUGUACAAAGAAUGUCAAAUUUAUACUGCAGACAGCAAAAGGGAACAGUUCCUGAGACUCAAAACACUUGGGAAAGUUCCCUGGAGAAAGGGGACAAAUUGAGGACCCUUGAGGAGCUCACAGUCUAAUUAAGGCAAUUCAUAAAUAGAUGAGAAGUUAAAAGUAUAUCAUCAGGUUAAGUAACAGUUGAAAACAAUAAAUGGAAAAAGAAACUCAGAACAUGAUGUAGCAACAGAGAUGUGCAGGCAGCCAUCACUUUUUUUUUUUUUUCAGGAAUUCCAAAAAAGAAAGCUGUCACAUAAUGACAUCAGGCCAGAGUGUAAAGGGAAGGCUUUUAAAAAUAAAAACCUUAGUAAGACCUUUCCUCUGGGCCAACCAUUGCUCUAAGGAGAAACUUGCUUUAAACAAUCGCAGUAGGACUUAGUCUCUUACACCUGAACUGUUCAGUACCUUUGAGACUCACUUAGACGACUGUACCUGUAGGGCCCACAGAGAGCACGGACGGUAUUCCAGUUCUCACCUCAACCAGUCCUGCUGUGGAGGCACCACGCUGGAUGCCCGCCCUGUGUUUGGAGGCUGGUGCAGAAGCUUCCGCAAAGGGCCUGCUUACCUCCUGGGACUCAUCUCAGGGUUUGGACAUCAACUCUUGAGAGGACCUUGAGACAUUCAAAAUAAAUAGGACACUUAUCCCCUUGUUGGUAGAAGUUUUGCUUUGUCUAAUAAUAGGGAUUCUUAUGCACUUUAAUAAUUUAGUUUUUUUCUGGAAUUAAACAGCAUUAAAAGAUCCAAGUUUUAGGCAUGAUUCAAGUUUUAGGCAAGUAUGCCAUUCAACUUUCCUGAUUCUCUAGAAAACUUUUAUUCUGGAUGAAGUAUUGAAGUCCAUUGUAGGUCAUUUAAAAAAUUCAUGAUCUAUAUAGAUCUUUCACUUUAUAGAUUGUGUCUAAUAUUCCUGCUACCUAAAUUACUAUGUACAAGUUUUAAAAAUUGAAUGAAAGUAUUUUAAGACAAUAUACUUAAAACUCUUCUGUAUUUAUCAUCUUAUAUGAAUAAUUUUAAUAAGACAUCAUUUGCUUCCACUGUCUCUGUUUUCUUUUCCUGCCAAGUUUUAAUCUGUGCUAUUGAUUUAACUUAAUUAUUCACACCAUCUAGCCAUGUACAAUAGAAAAGGAAAUUAAUACUUGUUACCAUAUUUUGUGCUAGAUAGUGUACUAAAUCCUGAUUGGUACACUGUAUGUUUAUGACUCACAACUCUGAGAUCUAAGUAUUGUUUAAAAAGACACCAAAGGAAAGAUAAUAAAUUACUUUUCUAAGAUUACAUAGGUGGUAGUGGUAGAAUCAGGAUUUAACUCAGGACAUUGGAUGCCACUGUCAGUGAUAUUUCUUAUUCGCAGUGGUUAUCAAAGUGUCAAAACAUCAGCAUCACUGGGGACCUUGUUAGAAAAGUAAAUUCUUGGGCUUCAUCCCAGACCUGCUGAAUCAGAAGCAGUACAGCACUAAGUAAUCUGUGUUGUAACAAUCCCUCCAGGUGACUGGUUGACCGUGAACUUUGAGAAUCGCUGCUCUAUGCCAAUAGUCGUCCUCUUUUUCUUAGGCUAGAAUCAUCUGGAGAGCUUUUAAAAUUCUGGUUCCCGGAUGCACCUAGACCAACUCAAUAGAAUCUCUGGGGGUGGGACUCAGGCAGCAGUAAAAUAAAGUUCAUCAGGUCAUUCCAGUAUGCAGUGUCAGUAAACAAUGCUCUGUGGCAUUUAAAUUCUUAAAUAACUUGAAUUGUCAAAUCACAUGCAGGCAUUGCUCCAGUCUAAAAUGAGAAUUUCACUUGGGCCUUUUUUUUUUUUUUUUAUGUUUUUAUUUAUUUUUGAGACAGAGACAGCACAUGAGCAGGUGAGGGGCAGAGAGAGAGGGAGACACAGAAUCUGAAGCAGGCUCCAGGCCCCGAGCUGUCAGCACAGAGCCCGACGCGGGGCUCAAACUCACGGACUGUGAGAUCAUGAUCUGAGCUGAAGUCGGAUGUUUAACCGACUGAGCCACCCAGGCGCCCCUCACUUGGGCCUUUUAGAGCCGAACUGUGAGCUUCUGCCCAAGUGUGGAUGUGGAAUGAGAAGUGGAGCAUUCUGUGGCUUCUGAUUUGCUAAGGACUGGCCAGCAAAAUGUUAUUAGUGAUUCAGUGUGUGCAGCUAGUAAAUAAAUUAGAGCCAAAUCAUAGAACAUUAGAGCUAAAAGGGAACCAGAAAGAUUCUAGGAUUAAUCUAUUUUAGAGAUGAGAAAAUCCAAGCUCAGAGAGGAAACUGACAGAUCUGAGAUCUAAGUCAGAUCAAAGACUUCGUCUAUUGUAGAAGUGCCCUUUCCAUCUCAUAUUUGUGACUUGAAUGUAUCCACUACAUGAACAUAGACAAUGUCCUUUCUAUCUCCGUCCACUUGUAUCUUCUGUCUUUGGGCCUUGAACAGAGACGGGAAGAACUGACAGCUGAAGGGUAUUGCAGGCCAUUGGGCAAAACUGGGAGAUCCACAGAAUCAUCUGUGAAAGCUCUAAUAUCAAAUUCAAUCACACAAGCUCUUCUAAAACAAAUUCCAGUAGUUUUAAACUAGAGAAGUGUGUGUGUGUUUUGAUGUUGGACAUUGUUUUUAUUGUGUAAAUAGCAAUUUAAACGGAAUAUGUAAAGAAACGGAACAUAACCAUUAGGCUGUCAAGUAUGGAGGGGGAGUGGUAUUCAUGUAAUCUCACGUGGAGCCAAUAAAGAUUUUACUCUAGUCAA